AUGUCGCCCAAUGCCCGCAAAGCCCACAACGAGCGCAUCGCCCGCGAAAAGGCACUCUAUACACACGUCUACAUCUCUGGUUUCACGGCCCACCACACGCUGGAAGUAGGGUUGGCAUACUACUACCGCGGCCACUACAUCUACGCGUAUCCCGCCGGCAACUUGCUCGAGCCGAUUCCGUACAGCACGAGAAAGGGCAUAAUGAUCCAGGGAAUCGUGUCCGGAUCAGCACCGGCCUACGAUGCAUCCGCAGCAGGGCUACCAUUGGAGUCGAGCGUGUCGGCGCUGAAGAAGAGCAUCAUCAGCGAGCAAGAAGCUCAAGAGCAGUCCGCCUCUGCCUCUGCCAACACCACGGCCGUCUCCUCCGCAGGAAACGCUACAUCCUCCAGUCCUCCCCUCCUCCUCCUCUUCUCCUCCCCUCCGCACACCAACACCGACGACCCCCACCGCCCCCUCUCCUCCACCGCCCCGCUGCGCGAAAGCGCACUGAACACCUUCACACCGCGCCACGGAGCCUCUCUCCUCGCGGCCUCGGCGCCAGGGAGCCGUCUCGCAUCCCGCGCCGCCUCGCCAUCAGGGCUGCGGCCCAUUGCGAGCCACGUUGGGCUGGCGCGUCUAGGCGCCAUACUCGGUCGCACUCCCUCAGCUUCGCGCUGCGCGGAAGCUAAUUCGAUUGCAGAAGAAGGUUCGGCGCGCGGGAGGGCGGUGGGGUGGCUCAUGGGGCUUGGUGAUCAUGCGCUGGGUGCUGCGGAGUUGCGGUCCUUGGGGAGUGGGACGGGGAGGGUGGCGCCGUGUGCGAUUGAUGGCGAGGAGUGUGGUGGUGUUGCUACGGCGGAAUCUUGGUUGACGGAGCGGGCCCGCUGUGGGAAGGGGUUUGUGGAGAAGUUGCCUAUGGUAGAGGGUGGGGGUAGGAUGAUGGUGGACUGGAUGAGGUUGUUGGUGGAGGAAAAAGCUGGGGAUGAUCAGAAAUGUAUGCAACCAAAGUUAGCCCUGGGCUAUGGGGCUUUGUAG